GCUCUAGACGCAGGAAUAAAGGAAUCGACAGGUUCCGCAGAGUCCAGCGUAGUAGAUAGUGAUCGGAAGGCCAACUCGUUUGUCGAUUCGCAGCCAGAGCCAUUCACGCCAGACCCUACACCUUCGGAGCAGACACUUCCCUCUGCAACUUCGCCUAGCACUGAGACAAUAACUCCGGGCGAUCGUAUCAUUGUUGUAGGGAAAUUGAAAGAUGAAGACACAGAUUGGGUGAUCAAUGAGUUGCCAGACUGGCAGCAUGCGAUAUACACUGUGGAUGAUCCGGAAGCAACCCUUCGUCCUCCGAAGAACAAGGGACGCGAAAGCAACGUUUAUCUACAGUAUAUAAUCGAUAAUUACGACAACCUUCCCUCCAUCAUCGUCUUCCUCCACAGUCAUCGCGACGGCUAUCCACGGGCCUGGCAUACCGAGUUUGAGGAGCAUGACAAUGUGCUGAACGUGAGGAUGCUGCAGCUCGACUUUAUCCAACGAAACGGCUACGCCAAUCUCCGCUGCAACUUCAUCCCCGGUUGCCCCGAUGAGAUCCAACCGUUCCGGAACCCUAGGGACGAAUGGCGCACAGCAGAGCACGCAUUUGCCGAUGCGUGGCGCGCUCUGUUCAAUAACUCGGACAUCCCAGAGGUCGUCGCCACCCCCUGUUGCUCCCAGUUCGCCGUGUCGAGCGCUCAGGUCCGGAAACGUCCCUUGAGCAGCUACAUUUGGUUUCAGAAAUGGCUUCUGGAGACCGAGCUGCCGGAUGAUGUCAGUGGCCGGAUCAUGGAGUACCUCUGGCAUAUAAUCUUCGGGCAGGAUCCCGUCUAG